GGAGGGUCGCGUCACGCCCCCCGCCAGACCUACAAAUAAGACCGAGAUAACUACGAGAAGCUGCACACAUUAUUUCCCUCCGAGUCGACGAUUCACCGUCCACGCAGAACACAGCAGCAGUCAUGGCUCAAGCUCUGGACAUUGAUCACUGGAACCUGGAGUGUGAGUUCAACAACAUGGACCAUUCCACUGACCUCAACGGUGCGGAUCGUCUGAUUGUGAGGAGAGGCCAACCGUUCACAAUCAGCCUGUACCUUUACUCCGGAAACUACCAACCAGGAGUCAGCUCUCUUGACUGCAUAGUCGAGACAGGUCCUCAACCCUUGGAGCAGUAUGGCACAAGGGCCUCCUUUGGUCUGUCUGCCAACAUUGAUACUUCCUGCUGGAGCGCCGCUGUCACCAGUCCCCCCGGGGACAUGGUGGCCCUGUCCAUCUGCUCGGCCCCUGACGCACCCAUAGGCCGAUACACCCUGACCCUGGGGCGAUCGGGGCAGAUCGAGUUUAUCCUUCUCUUUAACCCUUGGUGCACAGGCGAUUCCGUUUUUAUGGAAGAUAAACAGAGUCUGGAUGAGUAUGUCUUAUCUCAGGAUGGAAUCAUCUAUAGAGGCAGUGCCAAACAUCCCAUACCAACUCCCUGGAACUUUGGCCAGUUUGAAAGUGGAAUCCUUGACAUCUGUCUGAGGAUUUUGGACAUGAAUCCUAAAUGUCUGAAAAAUCCUGGGAAGGACUGUUCAGGGAGGAGAAAUCCUAUUUAUGUUUCCAGAGUGCUCAGUGCCAUGGUGAAUUGUAAUGAUGACCGAGGGGUGUUGCUGGGAAAAUGGGCAGAUAGUUAUGAAGGAGGUGUCAGCCCCAUGUUCUGGAGGGGCAGUGUGGAGAUUCUGCGCAAUUGGGACACGCAAGCCUGUCAGCCUGUUCGCUACGGACAGUGCUGGGUGUUUGCUGCAGUGGCCUGUUCGAUUUCCAGAGCUCUCGGCAUCCCCUGUCGAGUCGUCACCAACUACCUGUCGGCCCACGACAGCAACAGCGACCUGGUGAUUGAACGCGUCAUUAAUGAAAAUGGAGAUCUCAUUCAGGCCAAAGAAAUGCUCUGGAACUUUCACUGCUGGGUGGAGAGCUGGAUGACCAGGCCCGACUUCAAACCGGGGUUUAAUGGCUGGCAGGCUAGUGACCCUACACCUCAGGAGAAAAGCGAAGGAACGUACUGCUGCGGCCCUAUCCCGGUCAGGGCCAUCAAAGAAGGCGAGCUUACGUUCAAGUAUGACGCCCCAUUUGUCUUUGCUGAGGUCAACGCUGACGUCACCACCAUCAUGAAGCGAAAAGAUGGAAGCACGUCAAAAGUUACCAACACUACAGUGGUGGGCCAGAAGAUCAGCACGAAGAGUGUUGGCAGUGACGCCAGAGAGGACAUCACUCAUCUGUACAAGUACCCUGAAGGCUCUGAUGAAGAGCGGGAGGCUUUCAAGAAGGCUAACCACCAAAACAAGCUGCUCCAUCAGCAGGAAAAUGAAGGCCUGCACCUCACUAUCAAGGUGACACCAGACAUGAGGAAGGGCUGUGACUUUGAUGUAUUUGCUGUGGUAACAAAUAACACUCAAAGCAAUAAGAAGUGCCGCCUGGUGUUUGGAUCCUGCGCUGUAUCCUACAACGGCAUUCUGGGAGAGAAUUGUGGUUUUAAAGAUUUGCUCAAUGUCGAACUCUCACCAGGAGCAGAGAGGCGAGUUCCACUACGGUUGAACUACUCAAAGUAUGGUGGCCUACUCAACGAAGACAACUUGAUCCGUCUGGCAGCCCUGUUGAUGGACUACUCCACUAGAGAUGCAACGCUAGCAGUGAGAAACAUUGUCCUGGACAAUCCUGAAAUCAAAGUCAGAAUCCUGGGGGAACCGAAGGAGAAUCGAGAGCUGGCUGCAGAGAUCACCCUCCGAAACCCUCUGCCAGAGACGCUGGAGAACUGCUGCUUCAGCAUCGAGGGGGCCAACCUCACUGCAGGACAGGUCAUCUCUGAGAGGCUGGGCUCCUCAGUGGCACCUGGGGAAGAUGCCACGGUGAAAAUUUACUUCACACCCACCCACUCUGGACUGAGAAAGCUGGUGGUCGACUUCGACAGCAACAAGUUGUGUCACGUCAAAGGCUACAGAAAUGUCAUUAUUGGGAAAUAAAGCCUCUAACCUACGCAGUCAAACAGAUGACAUUAUUUUUACUCUGAAGUCUGAAUUAACAGUUUAGCUAACUCAAUACAUAAAAUGCUUUUUUAUUGAAACACUGCAUCUCAAUGUAUUAUCAUGAUCGCUUUAUAUAUAUUUUUUUGUGUUAUGUGGACGCUUUUUACUCACUAAUCUGUGUAUGCAAAACUUUAAAAGGAAUAUGUACUGUGAUCUAAAGUAAUGGUUUGCAUUUUAGGUCUCACAAUAAAGUUGAUUAGGCAUCA